AUGGAAAUCAAUUGGAAAUCGCAUUUGGCGCCGUCCAAGUUGUUCUUUUAUUUCAUCUUCUGGGGAGGUCACAUCGGUCUGUUCGCCCUCGGAUGGUAUCUGCAAGCAACGAACCCGAAACUCGCGCCACUGAACACACUGAAAUUCUCAGUAUGGAUCUCACGAGGUGCUGGUUUGUGUCUGAGUGUUGACGGGGCGUUGAUUCUGCUGCCCAUGUGCAGGACGUUGCUGAGAUAUAUACGCCCGAAGAUUAAAUGGCUUCCUCUCGAUGAGUCGCAAUGGUUCCAUCGUCAAGUUGCUUACUCUCUACUCAUAUUUACCAUCUUCCACACAUCGGCACAUUACGUCAAUUUCUUCAAUGUUGAGAAGGCGCAACUACGACCACAGACCGCCAUUCAAAUUCACUAUACCCAGGCGGGAGGGAUCACUGGGCAUAUCAUGCUGCUAUGCAUGUUGCUCAUGUAUACAACUGCUCAUCACAAAAUCAGACAGCAAUCUUUCGAAACCUUUUGGUACACACAUCAUCUCUUCAUUCCUUUUUUGCUGGGACUAUACACCCACGCAACGGGCUGCUUCGUCCGCGAUACAGCCCAACCCUUUUCGCCUCUGGCAGGGAGUAUCUUCUGGCAGCACUGCAUUGGUUACGAAGGAUGGCGAUGGGAGCUCUGGGGCGGUGGUUUUUACCUGAUUGAACGACUAUACCGCGAAGUGCGAGCACGUCGUGAAACAGAAAUCACGAAAGUCAUCCGUCAUCCCUACGACGCGAUGGAGAUUCAAUUCCGCAAGCCCAGUAUGAAAUACAAAGCUGGUCAAUGGCUCUUCCUCCAAGUCCCAGAAGUCUCCACCACGCAAUGGCAUCCAUUUACAAUUACUUCCUGCCCAUUUGACCCCUAUGUCAGUGUUCACGUCCGCCAAGUUGGUGACUUCACUCGUGCCCUUGGUAACGCACUCGGUUGCGGUCCCGCCCAAGCAAAAGACCUUGAAGGCUUGGACCCAAUGGGCAUGUACGAAAUCGCCAUGCAAAACGGGCAAACAAUGCCCAAACUCCGCAUCGAUGGACCUUACGGAGCCCCCGCCGAAGACGUCUUUGACAACGAAAUCGCUGUUCUGAUCGGAACAGGUAUCGGCGUCACACCCUGGGCCUCCAUCCUCAAAAACAUCUGGCACCUCCGCGCCGGCCCCAAUCCACCUCAGCGUCUCCGCCGAGUCGAGUUCAUUUGGAUUUGCAAAGAUACCUCUUCCUUUGAAUGGUUCCAAGCUCUCCUAUCGUCCCUCGAACAACAAUCCGCCAUCACCGCCGGCGCUCAAGGCGGUCCCGAAUUCUUACGCAUACACACUUAUCUAACCCAACGACUCGACCAAGACACCGCCGCAAACAUCUACAUCAACUCCGUCGGCACCGAAGUCGACCCCCUCACCGAACUCAAAUCACGCACGAAUUUCGGCCGCCCGGAUUUCAAGCGGCUGUUUGGCGCAAUGCGUGAUGGGUUGAUUGAUCAGACAUACCUGUCUGGGUUGGAGAGUAGCAUUACAACGAAAGUAGGUGUGUACUUUUGUGGACCGAAUUCGGCGGCGAGACAGAUUCGGCAGGCAGCGCAGGACUCGUCGACGAGGGAGGUCAAGUUCAACUUUUGGAAGGAGCAUUUCUGA